CUUCAGGAUCACGCCCCACUGCGAGUUCGCGCCCACCGCGACGACGAUCAUUCGCCCGGAGCCCUCGGAGAUGGACGUCCCGGACAGUACGAACGGGUCUUUUUCGCGGUCUUUGGCGAUGUCGAUGGGCUCUCCCGUCAUCGCGGACUCGUUCGCUUUGAACUUGCUCCCCUCGACGAAGACGCCGUCCGCGGGGACUUUGUCCCCAGCCGCGAGCUCGACGAGGUCGCCCACGAGAAUCUCGCCCGCGGUGACCGCGACGACCUCGCCGCCUCUGACGACCUUCACGGUGUAGUUAUCCUUCACGCUGUUGAGCGCCCUGAACUUCUUCUCUUUUGAGAAGUCGAUGUACGCUUGCAGGAAGACGACGACGAAGACGACGAGGAUGAUCGCGAUGGCUUCUAAAUAUGCGUAGUGCUCGCGCUCCUCCGUGACCGCGGUGCCGACGAUCAUGCUGACGACCGCGGCGAAGCAUAGGAUCUGCACGGUGAUGUCGUUCAGGGCUUCGCGGCACAGGCACAAGAACGAUUUCGGCGGCGGGUACUCGAACGUGUUCGUCCCGUACGCCGCUUUGCGCGCAUCCAACGCCUCGUCCGUCAACGCGCUUCCCGAGAGCCCGAGCUUCAGAUUCGACCCGAGCUUCUCCGCGAGGCCGUCGACGCCCCCGGCGGUCGUCACGAACACUUUGUCUCUGUCCGUGAUGCACUCCUCCAGCGCCUUCGCCUCCAGGUCGAACGCCAUUUUCGCGGAGGCGUGCACGAACCCUCGCGCCGUCGUCGACGGACGGCGCGAGGUGGCGUGCGCGGUCCGCGACGGUCGUAUCGACAUGGGCGACGUGAGGGCGGAGUUCGUCCUGAACACCGUGCUCGAUGCCGUGUCGACGGCGUCCACGCGCGACGCGCUGUACGCGCGCCUCGCCUCGGACGAGGACGGCGCGAUGCGAGCGUUCCUGGACGACCCGACAACGACGGUGUUCCAAGCGACGUCGUACGCGGGCGGGGACGUCCGGUGCGGGAACGUCGUGUCGUUCGACACGUCGUCCGCGUGCCAGGUCGUCCUCACGAAGCUCGUCCCGAGGGCGCUCACGGCUUCCGACGUCCCGGGGUCGGUGAACGUCUCGACCAUCUCGCACUCGCCCGUGGAGUCGCUGUACCAUCAGCUGCACUCCGUGUACGGUCCGCUGCUGAGCGAGGGAACGCGAGGUGGAAUGAUCGACUCCAAGCUCAUGAGCUUGGUCGCGGAGCUCGAGGCGGGGCUGGGUAACGUCCUGCGGCUCACGGGCGGGUCGAAGGACGCGAGCGUCGACCCCGGGGACGCGCCGCUCGUCGGGAUCGCGUCGCCGCUGGACGAGUUCAAGCUCUGGAGCGAGAUCGCGUUCGCGCGAAAGGCGGGACCGAAGCUUAAAGCGCGAGCGAACGAGAUGUAUCGCGCGUUCGAACCGAUGAAAGAGCGCUUCGAGAGAUUAAACGCGCUGCCGGACGAGGAAGCCCUCGAGCUCGUGGACACGUGCUACGACUGCUUAGACGUCGCGUGGGGAAUACCGGACGAGCGCGGGAAACGAGCGUUUCCGCAGCGACGCGCGGAGCACUUGAUGAAACUCAUCGGCUCGUCCCUCGUCGCGCACGUGCAACGCAAGCUUCGAGACGUGAACGUGUGGAGCGAUUCGUUCAAGACCGUGGAAGGGACGUUGCGGUUCGGUCACCGGCUACUCGCGAAGUGGGAGAAGACCGCGAACGAGUUGACGUCGAUGACGUGGCAGGGCGCGUGGACCGGUCCCGCGUUCGCGGACGCCACGAUCGUGAAAGCGCGCGAGCGUUUGGACGAGGUUUUCAAGAUGCGAGAAGCGCAAGCGGAGCUCGAAAAGCUUCUCACGUCCGAGGAAUCGAGAUCGCUGACGCUUUCCGAGGUGUUCGGCCCGUUCAACGGGAUCGACCCUCUUCGAGUGAGCGACUUUACGGAGGCGACGUGGCAAGCCGCGUGCAGCGACUACGACGAACGCAUGCGUCCGAUCGAGGACAGGAUGUCGCAGAAGCUGCGGGAACACUUCGGCGCGAGACUUCUCCCUUCCUUGGCAUCCGCGGUGAAGAAGCACGGGGACGAGCGCAGCGCCGCGAUGGCGCAACCGCACCAGGUAUUACGAGAGGUUGCUCGGUACGCAGAGCUCCUUCGACGGCCGGCGGUCGCGAACGCGCUCGCUGGUGAACGAAAACAGCUCGCGGACACGGUCGAGCAGUUUCUGUCUACGAUAAAAAGUGACUGCGAUAAGCGAGCGAACGCGCUGCUCAGGUACGGGCAGAGCGGAAAAGCCGCAGCGAGGGUAGGACGAAACACGACCGAAGUCGUCGAUGCGGUUGUGUGGACCGUGCAAGCGUUGGAGCGCGUCGCCGUCGCCGAAGAGGUGUGCGGCGCGCUCGUGGUCGUGUCGCACGAUAAGAGCGGAAACCGACUGCGAGAUGCGAAGCAGGACGCCGCGGGGCAACAAGGCAUAGAGCUGAUGCGCGAGUCUAAGGAGUUGCACCGCGACAUAAGGCUACUCAAGAAAAACCUCUUCGAUGAGUGGCAAGAGGGUAUCAUCUCUCGCCUCGACUACUUCAAGCUCGACCUUGGAUCGAAGUUGAUGGACCUCGACUCGUCCUCCACGGGUCACGUGAAACUGCACUACAACUCCGAACUCGUCAGCCUGCUGCGCGAGGUCAGACAGCUCUCCGCGCUGGGGUUCACGAUACGAAGGGACAUCGCCGCGGAGGCGGACACGGCGAGGAAAUUUUACCGACACGGCAUGGUCUUGCGCCAAGUCGCGAACUUUUACAACAACAUCGCGUCUGAGAUGAUCACGUGCCAGAAGCCGAUGAUGCUCGACGACGCGGUCAAGUUCGAGAGCGUCUUAACGAACCCAAAGGACGGCCUCGGAAAGGUCAUCACGUGGAACAACCCGACCGCGCUGGAGAAGUACAUCGGUAAACUCCAAGGCGUCGCCGGGGUUUUAACGGACAAGAACCGCCGGCUUCGAAAGUGGCACCGGACGCUCGCGGAAAAGGUGUGCGCGUUGUUCGCCAUGGACCUCGUUCGACAAAAAGAGGCGUGGAAGCGAGCGGUAAAAGAGCUCAGAGCGAUAUUUCUGAACCUCGAGACGGAGUUCCGUAAAGAUUUGCAAGGCGCGUGGAGGGUGCACUGGGACCACCAGCUGUACAAGGCGCUGGAGUACCAGUACCACCGCGGGCUCGAGACGUUGAACGAGAUGUUGCCGCAGGUCACCGUCAACCUCGUGUUCAAGCAACGCAAGCUUCAGUUCGACCCGCCACUUGAGGAGAUUCGCACCGCGCACUACAAGCAGGUGAAAGACUUCCUGAACCUCCCCCUCGUCUUCAAAGGCGUCAGCGACGCGAGCGAAAAAGCGGGGUUCUUCCGCGGGAUGAUGGACUCGCAGGUCGGCGCCGCCGGGUGCGCGAAGGUGUACGAAAAAACCGAAGCGCUCUUCGUCAAACUCGCGGACGAGCAAAAAAAAUACGCGGACUGGGUCGCGCUCGGUACCGUCGACCUCGAUUCGUUUGUCGAGACGCAAUACGCGGACUCAAAAGACUUCGAGGAAGGAUACACGCUCGUGAAGACGGCGAUGAAACAAGCGGACCGCAUUCCAUUGGAGAUUAAAGUCGACUGCUACACGAUUUCGUGCAUACCGCUCAAGUCGGCGGUGGAGAAGCAGAUAAAAGAGCUGCAGGACGCGCUGUCCGGAUGCUUACAGCGGAAAGUCCUGCGCUCGAAGGAAGAGAUGGAGGCGUUCAUCGCGUCCGGCAAGAUUGUGCUAGACACGAACGCGCAGACGGUUGAGGAAAUUGGAAACUUACGAAUUGAAGCGCAAAAGCUGAUGGCGGAGUUCUCCGGGCGCAUGUCAAAAUUACGAUGGCAAGUCGGCGAUCUCGCGAAGCUCCUGAAACAGUCCGGCGGCACGGGCGCACACAUGGCGGCGGCGAUGGACUUCUCUUCGUUGGAUUCGGAGUGGGAGAACCUCUCGACGAAGCUGGGACAGAUGGAGACGAACCUGGAGAUGCAAAAGGAAAACCUCAAGGGCGUGAUUCUCGCGAAAAUCGCGGAGUUCGAGUCCAAAGCGGAAGCGUUCAGCGCGCGAUGGCACGAGUUCAAGCCGAAGGGCAUGCCAUCGGGAGAUCCUUCGUUGAUCAACGGCAAGCUCGAGGACGACUACCGUGCGCUGCAAGAGCUUCGAGAGGACGGGAACAAGCUGUGCUUGGACUGCGAGCACUUCAAUAUGCCGAGGCCAAAGUUUUCUAUUCUCGACGACGUCGCCGUGGAUAUCGAAUCCACAAAGACUGCGUGGGGUCGCUUCGGCGAGUUCAUCAACGAACGCAACGGACUCUCGAACCGAGACUGGAUUUCGAUCCGCGGUAGGCUAUACGAGCUCGACGACUUCAUGGCGAAGUGGGGAGAGCGCGUGCGCGAGAGCGAGUCCAAAGACGCCAUCGCGGUGUUGCUGCUCGAGCAAAUCGACGAGUAUAAACGGGCGCUCCCGGGUCUGAAAUUUUGCCGCGGUGAAGGAUGGGAGAGCUCGCACUGGGCGCAGCUCUUCUCGAUUCUUAGAUUUCCGACAAAGGGCCCGGAGGCGGUGACGCGCGAAAACUUGACGCUCCAACACUUCCUCGACAAAGCCGACCUUUUGAUUGAAAAAGCGGACGAACUGAAAACGUUGCACUCGCAAGCGCAAGGCGAGGUUACACUGCGCGAGGCGCUGCAUCAGCUGAAAGUCUGGGGCCUCGAUCGUAACUUUUCGCUCAUCAGUCACACGAUGCAAGGUCCUAAGGGCGGGAUCGUAUCGCUCAUCAAAGAGUGGAAGGACCUGUUCACCGAGGUCGCGGACAACCAGAACCUCGUGUCGUCGCUGAAAGACUCGCCGUUCUUUGGGCCGUUCAGGGAAGAAACGAGCGUCUGGGAGACCAUGAUGGCGACGUUGUCCGACCGACUGACGCACAUGAACGCUAUCCAGCGAAAGUGGCUCUAUUUAAAGCCUAUAUUCGCGCGCGGUGCGCUCCCGCACGAACAACAGCGGUUCCGGCGCGUGGACGAAGACUUCCAGACCAUUAUGCAAGCGAUUAGCGUCAACCCGCUCGUGAAGGCUUUCGCGCAGUACCGCAUGCGUGAUAGUCACCUCAGCGAAAUUUCCACGCAACUCGACAUGUGCCAGAAAGCGCUGGCGGAAUACCUCGAAGAGAAACGCUCGAUGCUGCCGCGAUUCUACUUCAUCGGCGACGACGACCUCUUAGAAAUCUUAGGACAGGCGAAGAAUCCGGAGGUGAUCCAAGCGCAUCUGAAGAAACUCUUCGCCGGCAUACACUCCGUCGUGUUCACCGAAGGCGCAGGGAGCAUCACGGCGAUGAAAUCCAUCGAAGGCGAGGUCGUGCCGCUGCUCAAACCCGUCGUCGUCAGCGAGGCUGUAGAAGUUUGGCUCGCGGAUAUCGCGGAUGGCAUGGUCAACUCGCUCAGUAACAUGCUCGUCCAGUGCCUCUCGACGAAGGAUUACGAAGCGUUUCCGUCGCAAGUUUUGAGCCUCGCGGAGCAAGUCCACUUCUCGCGCAAGGCAGAGUCCGCGAUUUCACGCGGGAGUCUUCGCGAUCUCUCGAGCGAGCUCGGACAGCAGCUGCAAGAGUACACGUCAUUCGACCUCGAAGGCAUGCGCGUCAUGCAGCUGAAGGUGCAGAGCUUGGUGAUGGAUCUCAUUCACUCCAUCGACGUCGUGGAUCAGCUGCGGAAGGAUCGGUGCCAAGACGUAGGUCAGUGGUGUUGGCAGCGACAGCUCAGGUAUUACGAGCGCGGACGCGGCGGAGAAGUCGCGGUGCGGAUGGAUAAUGGGUUGUUCUCGUACAGCUACGAAUACCAAGGCAACGCGCCGCGACUCGUGUACACGCCUCUCACGGACAAGUGUUACCUCACGCUGACUCAAGGGAUGCACUUGGGUUACGGCGGGAAUCCUUACGGCCCCGCGGGUACGGGUAAAACAGAGUCCGUCAAGGCUUUAGGGCAGGCGAUGGGUCGACAAGUCCUCGUGUUCAACUGCGACGAAGAGUUCGAUUUCAAGUCCAUGGGACGCAUCUUCACGGGUCUUCUGAAGUGCGGCGCGUGGGGUUGCUUUGACGAGUUCAACCGCCUCGAAGAGGAAGUCCUUUCUGCGGUGUCGUCACAAAUCCAGAUGAUUCAAGCGGCGCUCAAGUCGCGACAGUCUGCGAUGCAUUUCAUGGGUCGGGACUUUAAAUUGAACCACGACGCGGGCAUCUUCGUCACGCUCAACCCCGCAGGCAAGGGAUACGGUGGGCGCAGUAAGCUCCCUGAUAACCUCAAGCAGCUCUUCCGCUCCGUGGCGAUGACGGUGCCAAACUUUGAGCUCAUCGCGGAGGUGAUUCUUCUGGCCGAGGGAUUCAUGACCGCGCGACAGCUCGGGAGUAAGCUCGUCUCGCUCUUCUCUCUGAGCAAGCAGCUGUUGUCGCCACAGCAACACUACGACUGGGGACUCCGAGCCCUCAAGACCGUGCUCGGCAUCGCCGGGAAGCUGUUGCGUGACGCCCGCGCCGCUGCCAGCACCGGCGUCGGACCACCCGUGGACGCGGAACUUGAGUCGCAGCUCAUCAUUCGCGCGGUCAGGGUGACUACACUUCCCAAGCUUACCUUCACGGACGGGCGGCGAUUCGCGGAAUUGCUCAACGACGUGUACCCAGGCGUCAAGGUGACCGACGUGAGCGACGCUGAAUUAGAGGGCGCGAUACGACUUGUUCUCGCAGAAAAACACUACGAAGACGUACCCUCGCAAGUGGAGAAGGUUCUUCAGCUGCACAUCGCGUGCUCGCAGCGCAUUGGCAUCAUCAUCGUCGGCCCGUCCGGCUCGGGCAAGUCCACGCUAUGGCAAAUUCUCGAAGGGGCGUACAAGAAACUCGGCCGCCCGGUGAAGCGUCACGUCAUGAACCCGAAGGCGAUCCACCGCCAGCAGUUGUUGGGUCACAUGGACAUGGACACAAGAGAGUGGUUCGACGGCGUGCUCACGGAUGCCGCGAGGCAAGUCGUGAAGGAAUCACUGGAUCAGCACAGCUGGAUCAUCUGCGACGGCGACGUCGACCCGGAGUGGAUCGAGUCGCUCAACUCCGUGUUGGACGAUAAUCGCCUUUUAACGCUCCCAUCCGGCGAGCGCAUUCAGUUUGGAUCCAACGUGAACUUCAUCUUCGAGUGCGACGAUCUUAAGUUUGCAUCACCAGCUACGGUAUCUCGCACCGCGAUGCUUUUCCUGUCCGAAGAAGCCGUGGACCCUUCGCUCAUCGUCAAGGGAUGGUUAGCGAAACAGCCGGAGAACAUCCGCGGCCACUUGGAAGCUUGGUGCAACGACUACUUCUUCAAGGCGCUGUCUCGCGCGUUGAAGCUCCCGAACGCCACGCGCACGACGAAGGUCGGAACGAUCAAGAACGCGCUCAGUCACCUCGUGGGCGCGGACAGCAGACGCGCGUUCGCGCGUGGUCUCGCCCGCGGUCUCGCGUCGAAUAUGGCGACGAAAGCGAGGAAGGAUUUUUUGAACGAACUUUCAAAACUCCUCGGCGAGCAGGACUUGCUUCACGUCGCCGCCUCUUCCAUCGACCGAUCCGAAGCUCCCCCCGCUGGGAUCCUGGAAGGGAAGUGGCGCGGCGUCGUCAUGGUCGAUGCGGUUGCGCAAGUGCAGUCGCUGGUCAUGCCGUGGUUAGAAUCGGGUCAGCCGUUUGUGCUCGUCGGGCCGGAGGGAUGUGGGAAAGCGCUGGUGCUCGACGACUGUUUCGCGCGACUGCGAUCGACUUCCGUCGCGACGAUCGCGUGCUCCGCGCAGACGACCGCGUCGAACGUGAUCCAGAAGCUCGCACAGUGUUGCGGGCAGCCUCAGAACACGAGCGGCGUCGCUCACAGGGUGCUCCGUCCUCGCGACUCGGAGAGGCUCGUUUUGUACUUGAAGGACAUCAACCUCCCGAAACCGGACAAGUACGACACGAUUCAGCUCAUAGCGUUUUUGCAGCAGCUCUUGACGUACGAAGGCUUCUACGACGACACCCAGGAGUUCAUCGGUCUGAUGAACAUCCAGUUCGUGUGCAGCAUGAACCCCGCGACGACGGUAGGGAGGCAUCCGAUCACGUCGCGGUUCACAGCGAUUGCGGGGAUCGCGUACAUGCCGUAUAUUCCGCGCGAGCAAAUGUCUGAGGUGUACGAAAGGAUGUUCGGCGAGUUCGUCGCGAACACGAAGUAUGCGAAAGACGCGCUCCGUCGGCAACUCGCGGACACCGUGCUUGAAGUGUACGAAAAGGUAUCUGAGGCGUUCAGCGCGGACGACCACAGACACUACAAGUUCACCCCGAGGACGAUCACGGAGUGGAUUCAGGCUUUACAUCGAUACGACCUGCAAACCGUAGAUCUCGUCCAGGCGUUGUAUUACGAAGCCGGCCGGACGUUUAAAGACCGACUCGUCGGCGCGCAAGCGGGGAAGCAUUUCGAUACGCUCGUGUCGAACGUGUUUCGCGCAUAUUGGCGCGUGGACGCGCUCGAGAACUCCGAAAGGGUCUUCACGACCUGGGCGGUCGCGGACCAGCGCACGCUCGCGCUCGGCGUCGCGUCUAAAAUGGGCGCGAUGCCGGCGAAGGGGUUCGAAUCCCACGUCCGAUCGAAGCUCGUGUCGUACGAGCGCGAGCUGAAGGAGCUCAACAUUUUGUUGUUUCCCGAGGUGCUCGAACGCCUCGCGCGUUUCAACCGCGUCCUCAGCCAGCCCGGCGGCCAUUUACUCUUGGCAGGUCGAUCAGGUGUCGGUCGCAGGUCCACUGCCGCGCUCGUCGCGUUCAUGCACGACUUUGAGUUUUUUAGUCCGAAGAUGACGCUGACGUACGACGAGCGCGCGUUCAAGAUGGACCUGAAACGCGUGUUAGCCGAGGUUGGCGUGGAGAAUAAGGAGACGGUACUGUUCAUCGAAGACCAUCAGCUCGUGACUCCCGCGAUCCUGGAGACGGUGAACUCGCUUCUCUCGAGCGGCGAGGUCCCCGGACUCUUCUCCAAUCUCGAGCUCGAUCAGAUGCUCGGUCCUCUGAAAGAGGAGAUGCUCGCGGUCGGGACGAUGCAGAGCUCGUUCGAUUUCUUCACCGCGCGUGUCAAGGCGGGGAUUCACAUCGUUCUCAGCAUGGAUCCAGCGGACGACGAGUACGCGGCGCGGACUGAGUCCAAUCCCGCGCUCUUCACGCGGUGUUCCAUGCACUGGAUGGACACGUGGAGCGAAGAAGGGAUGCUCGCGGUGCCGCACAUGUUGCUCAGCAAACCCACGAACGAUGACGAGGAGGAAGAGGAGGAGGAAAUCGUCGUCGACGAAAACAUCGUGCGACAGAUGGCUUCCGUGCAACAAACCGUCGGAGGCACGCCGCGACAGUACGUCACGUUCGUGAACCAGUACCGGAGAAUUUUCAAGGCGAAGCGCGAAGAGCAGACGGAACAACGCACGCGACUCACCGCGGGCUUGUCGAAGCUCGACGAAGCCGCCGGGAAAGUCGCAGAGCUCUCGACGCAGGCGGUCGAGCAACAGAAACUCCUCGCGCAGAAGCAAGAGCAAGCGGACGAAGCACUCCAGCGAAUCACGGUGAGCAUGUCCGCGGCGAGUGAGCGCAAGAAAGAAGUCGAAGCGUUGCAGGUGAAACUCGGGCAGGAAGAGCAAGUCCUCAUCAGCCGCAAGGCGGGCAUCGAGGACGAGCUUAAGGACAUCCAGCCCGUCAUCGACUCCGCUCGAAAGGCGGUCGGGCAAAUUAAAUCCGACAACCUGAACGAGAUCAAGUCGCUGCGCGUCGCCCCGGAAGCGAUCCACGACGUCCUCGGAGGUGUCUUGACCCUCAUGGGACAAACGGACACGAGCUGGGCGACGAUGAAGAAAUUCCUCACGCCGAAAAUUAAAGACGAAAUCAUCGAUUUUGACGCGCGCACAGUCACGCCGCGCAAUCGCGAAGCGGUGAAGAAGCUGUUGCAAGACAAGGCGGCGUCAUUCGAACACGCGAACAUCUUUCGCGUUUCAGUCGCUGCUGCGCCUCUCGCCGCCUGGGUCAAGGCGAACGUGAAGUACUCGAUCAUUCUGGAGAAGAUCAAACCGCUCGAGGAUGAUUUGCAAGACCUGGUGGACUCGUUAGAACGGUCGAAGCAACGCGUCGUGCAGUGCGAGCGAGACCUCGUGGAUCUUGAUCAGGAGGUGGUCGACUUGAAAGCCGAAUUCGGACGGCGCACGGGUGAGGCGGAGUCGCUGAAGCUUAGCCUGAAGAAAGCGGAGGAUCAACUCGAAGCCGCGGAGAGACUUCUUGGUAAGUUGGGAGGGGAGAAGGCUCGUUGGGAGGAGCAAGUGUCCGCAAUUGACGCGACGACGCAGGCGCUGCCGCGCGACUCCCUCCUCGCUGCAGGGUUUAUCACGUACCUACCUUCGCUUCCGGAAGAUAAGAGACAGGACGCUAUGACGCAAUGGACUUCCAUUCUAGGCGUGGGACGAUUCGACUUGAGGAGAUUCAUGUCGAGCGAGAGCGAGAUGUUGACCUGGAAAGCGGAGGGUUUGCCGGGCGACGGGCUGUCAAUGGAGAACGCAAUCGUCAUCUUGCAGUCCGUGCAAGCGCCGCUAAUCAUCGAUCCGUCCACAAAAGCGAGCGAGUGGUUGAAAAAUCACGCGGGCGCGAAAGAAAAGGCCUCGCUGGAGACGGUGACGAUGCACGACAAACGUUUCAGCAACAAGCUCGAACUCGCCGUCCGCUUCGGUAAAACGCUCGUCAUCGAGGAAGUCGACAAAAUUGAACCGAUCCUGUACAGCAUCGUGCGCAAGGACCUUGAACGUCAAGGUCUUCGGUGGGUCGUCCAAGUCGGCGACAAGACGGUCGAUUACAACGAGUCCUUCAGGCUCUACCUGGUGACGCGUAACCCUUACCCGACUAUUCCUCCGGCCGCGGCUUCUGUGAUUUCCGAGGUGAACUUCACCGUUACGCGCUCUGGGCUCGAAGGUCAGUUGCUCGGCUUGGUGAUCCAGCACGAGCAACCCGAACUCGAGAAACAGAAGAGUCACUUGCUUCAGGUCGAGGAAGACUUAAAGGUUCAGCUCGCGGGUCUCGAGAAGACGUUACUUCACACGUUGGCGACCUCGACCGGGAACAUCCUCGAGAACCAGCAACUCAUCGAUUCCUUGGACGAGACGAAAGCGAAAGGAACGACCGUCAAGGAAUCGCUCGAGGAAUCGACGUCGCUUCAAGAGUCGCUCGACGAGCAGCGAAACGCGUACCGUCCGAUCGCGGAGCAAGGAUCGAAGAUGUUUUUCCUCACGCGAGACCUUCGAGCGCUGUCGAACAUGUACCAGUUCAGCUUGAACUCCUUCGUCGCGUUGUUCAAAUCUGCGCUGAGCGGCAGCGCGCCGUCGUCGAACUUACGCGAACGGAUCGAAGUGCUGUCGCACGCGCUGCUUCAGCUCGUGUUCUGUCACGUCAGUCGAAGCAUCUUCAACGUGGACCGACUCACGUUCGGAAUGCACUUCGCGAGGCACCUCUCGCGCGACCGCGCGGACACGGAGGAGUGGAACCAUUAUUUCGGCCUCGACACCGGCGACGGGUCGAGAUCCGCCGCCGGUCGCGGCGCGGCGCCGAACUGGAUAUCCCCGGAAGCGUCAAAGGGAUACGAGAACCUCGUCGCCGCGUUCCCAUCGGUCGUCACCGAGUACGGAUUCAACGACGGCGCGAUGUGGGGCGAAUGGAUGCGUUCCCCCGCGGCGGAGACCUGCGUCCCCGAGCGCGGGAUCGACGUCAAGCCGUUCAUGCGGUUGCUCCUCGUGCAGGCGCUGAGACCGGACCGCCUCGAGUCCGCGAUGACUUCGUUCGUGUGCGACCAGCUCGGCGUCGAGUCGAUCGCGCCGCCGCCGCUCUCGCUCUCGAGGGUGUGCGAGGAAGCGAGCUGCACCUCUCCGGCGCUGUUCAUCGUGACCCCCGGGUCGGAUCCGAGCCAAGAGCUCGAAGAGCACGCGUUGAAAGCGCGAGGCAACGGACGGUACCAUCAACUCGCGAUGGGGCAAGGGCAGGCCGAGGAGGCGAUGCGGCUGCUCGUGGAUUGCGCGAGAGACGGCGACUGGCUCUGCCUUAAGAAUCUCCAUCUCGUCGUCGCGUGGCUGCCCACGCUCGAGAAGGAGAUUUACGUCUUGAAACCGCACGCGGACUUUCGUCUGUUCCUCACGUCCGAGGCGCACGCGAAGUUCCCGUCGUCGCUCCUGGAGGGUUGCCUGAAGAUCACGUACGAAGCCCCGCCCGGGUUGAAACGCAACGUGAGCCGGACGUACGAGACGUGGUCGCAACAGUACAUCGCCGACGGGAGCCCACUGCGCGCUAAGCUCCUGUUUCUGCUCGCGUGGUUCCACGCGGUCGUUCAAGAGCGCCGCGCGUACGUGCCGCAAGGGUGGUCGAAAUUUUACGAGUUUUCCUUCGCCGACUUGCGGAGCAGCGCGGACAUCAUCGACCAAGCGUGCGGGAACGGCGCGGAACCGCAGUGGUCGCAGCUUCACGGGCUGUUAGAGCGCGCGAUAUACGGCGGGCGGGUGGACAGCGACUACGACAUCCUCGUGUUGCGAACGUACCUGAAGCAAUUCUUUAGCGACGAGAUGACUGGCGCUUGCGGAUCGCGCGUCCGGGCGCUGCCGGGGACGAACAUCACUUUGCCGAACUCGACGAACCACGCGGACUUCACCGCGACGUUGACCGCGCUGGACGAGGCGAACUCGCCGUCGUUGUUCUCCCUGCCCGUGAACGUGGACCGCAUGGUUCAGGUGACGAACAGUAAGAACGUGAUCACGUCGUUGCGCACGAUGGUGCUCGCCUCUGGCGCGAGCAGCGGAUUCGACCGCGACGCGUGGUCCGCGGCUUUGCGCCCGUUGUUGCGGUCGUGGGAUAAGCUCAAGGCUGCGAACCCGGGGAUCAUGUCCGCGCCUUCCGCGCCCGGCCCGUCCGAGGCAGCGCCGGUGGACGCGUUCGUGGAGCUCGAGAAGGCGCGCGGUCACAACGCCGUGGACGAGGUCGAUAAGACGCUCGCGACGCUCAAGGCGGUUUUGAAGGGCGCCGAGCUCCUCACGCCCGCGAUUUUCGCCGCGGGAAAGUGUCUUCUCAACAACACCGUCCCGCCGGGUUGGGAGAAGCGAUGGGAAGGACCGGAGGAGCCGGUGAAGUAUUGUAAGGCUAUCGUGCGUCGGAUGGUCGCGGUCAGCGCGAUGAUGGAGCGCGUCAAGCAAGGCGCACUUCUCGCGAAGCCCGUCCGGCUCGAGGACUUUUUCCACCCGGAGACGUUUUUAAACGCGUUGCGGCAGCAGAGCGCGCGAGAGGCUGGCGUCGCGAUCGACUCGCUCGAGCUCGUGACGUCCUGGGACGCGGCGAAAUCCGCGUCCGUUCCCGGUGCGUUCGUGGACGGACUGCGGUUGCAAGGCGCGGUGUUCGACGGGAGGAGCCUGCGCGACACCGCCGCGGACGCGGCGCCGUUCGCGAGGUUACCGGUGGCGAGGUUGUCGUGGCUCGUCCCCGGGCACCCGAGCGCGUCGGGACCGUCUGGGGGCGGGAACGAGCCGCCGAUGCGGGUGCCGCUGUACCUCACCCCGGAGCGCGAGAAGGCGAUCGCGGAGCUGCAGUUUCCGGUGUACGACUCCGAAGAAUCCGCGAGAUGGAUCCUCGCCGGCGUCGCGGUGACGCUCGCCUGAGAAGAGCGGGGGGCGAGAGAGUCUUCCAGUUUUUUCAUCACUGCUCUUUCUGCUGCGCUGUUCUCGAAUUUUUUAAUCCUCAGAUCUAGACAUAGAGACC